UCUGAUGACGUGAGCUACCUGAAAAUAUGUGUGCAAUGCAAGUAAAUGAGUUUGACUCAUCAGAUGAGGAGCCCCUGGGGGAAGAACAGACACCUUUUCAAGUAUCCUGGUUACCCUUAUCACCAGCUUAUUCCCAAUUCCUAGGAAUCAGCUCGCUACCAGGUUGUCGGUUCAAAAAUAUUAAAAGAAACCUUCAGAAAGAUAUAGAUGAACUAAAAAGUCACGGGGUGCUGGAUGUAUUUGUUCUCUGUACCAAAGGAGAACUCACAAAGUACCGUGUCCCACACCUCAUGGAAACGUAUCAGAAUUAUGGGAUCACUGUGCAUCACCAUCCUAUUUCUGAUGGAAGUACACCAGAUAUUGCCAGAUGCUGUGUUAUUCUAAAUGAACUGAGGAACUGCCUUGAAAAUAAACGAAAAAUCACAAUACAUUGUUAUGGAGGACUUGGACGAUCCUGUCUCAUGGCGGCUUGCCUUCUGCUCCAGAUAUCUGACACCAUAACCCCGCAGCAGGCAAUAGACUGCGUGAGGGAAUUGAGAGGUUCAGGUGCAAUACAAACGUUAAAGCAGUACAACUUCCUUUAUGAUUUCCCAGAGACCUUGGCUACCUAUUUGGCAACAGAAAGUAAGCGACCAAGAUCAGUAUGCCAAUAAAACACCCAGAGUUUAGUUACUACUUGAAACUGUAUGUUACAUUGUUUUUAUUGUACCCAUAGUGGAAAAUAAUUUUAUUGACUGCCUGCCAGUUAUCUUCUUGACAAGUGAUAUGUGACUAACUACAUAGCACAAAUCCCUGAAUAAAGUUCCAUCUGCGGAUUGUAUUUUGACAGCAAAUUAUAACAUG